GCCAACACAAUCCAAACAUGUUAAAAUUAUUACUUAGUAUUGGAUCGCUGUUUUUUGUAAAUAUCUCGGCCGAAGCUCAAAUUCGACGAGCAUUGUGCUCGGAAUCUCACAGCAUACCCGUUAAUGUUACACAGAUAAGCGGAGUAUGGUGGGAAAUUGCGCGAAGUCCAGCACAAGCUAAUAUUGCCUGUGUAAAAGUAAAUUUUACUGAGAUUCAACCAGAGAACAUUUUGCAAAUAGCUACUACGUAUGCAGUUUCAGGCAUUUAUUUGUGGGAUAAUCGCACCAUGUAUGCCAAUGUAUCUUUAUCCAGUCCAGAUAAUAUUGGGUAUAACAUUUCAUAUACGGAUGGAUCUAAAAAAACAAAAAAUACCGUAUAUAAACUGUUGAAUACUGAUUACAAUAAUUAUGCUUUGCUUUGCGGAUUCACAAAUGCCACUAACACAGCCACAUCAUUUGGUAUAAUACUCACACGAGAACGUUACCCAAACUUGACUCAAGUCAUUGAUCUAGAAGACAGUGCAUCCCUUCUAUAUUCGGAUUUUGAAUUUGGCACUAUGCCGCUAGUUACACAAUCACCAAAAUGUUAUACGGCUGGUGUUACAGAUCGAUACUCUGUAUUCGCAAUACUAGUUGUAUUUUUAUAUUCAACUAUAGUACAUAUUAUAACGUAAUUAGAAGUCUUAAUAAGAAGAAAUUAUUGGAACGCGAUUAUAUGUAUGUAGUUUGUCAGGUAAUGAUUCACUCUUAUUAUUAUAAAUUGAUAAGGGAGUAUUAUUAAAAACUGUGCAUGUUGUUAUAAAUUUUAUUUUUCGAUAUAAAGAUAGUGUUUUUACUUGUUUACUUGUUUAAAUUAUAAAUUAAAAUUAUAAUUGUUUUAGGAAAAUUGUUGUUUUAUUUUGAAAACUUUAAUCAGAAGAAGAGUUAUAAAUUAAAAAAUAAAUAAAAAGAGAUAAACUUCUAAAUUAACCAA